UUUCUCCAAGGGGGCUGCGAGUUGAAGGCCAUGAAUUUCGAAUUUGAGCGAGAGAUUGGCUUUAUCAAUAGUCAGCCAUCGCUCGCUGAGUGCCUGACAUCUUUUCCCCCUGUCGGUGAUACAUUUCAAAGUUCAUCAAUCAAGAACUCGGCGCUUUCACACUCGACACUGAUUCCUCCUCCUUUUGAGCAGACCAUCCCCAGCCUGAAACCGGGCAGCCACCCUCGCCACAGCAGCGGCAGCCGCCCCAAGCACAGCCCCAAUGGCAACAGCGGCAGCCCAGUGCCAGCCGGCGCCCUCCAGCCUCCGGAGUACCCCUGGAUGAAAGAGAAAAAGGCGUCCAAGAAAACCGCCCUGCCGCCGCCUGCUUCGGCCUCCGCCCCUGGACCAGCUUGCCUGAGCCACAAAGAAUCUCUGGAGAUCUCAGAAAAUGGUAAUGGGGGCUCCAGGAGACUAAGAACUGCGUACACCAACACACAGCUUUUGGAGCUGGAGAAGGAAUUUCAUUUCAACAAGUACCUCUGUAGACCAAGGAGGGUGGAGAUCGCCGCUCUCCUAGAUCUGACCGAGAGGCAAGUCAAAGUCUGGUUUCAAAAUAGGCGGAUGAAGCACAAGAGGCAGACCCAAUGCAAGGAGAAUCAGAACAGCGAAGGGAAAUGUAAAGGCUUGGAGGAUCCCGAAAAAGUCGAAGAGGAGGAGGAAGAGGAGGAAGAUGAGGAGGAAGAGGAGAAAUCUCUUUUUGAGCAAGCCCUCAACAAUGUCUCUGGCUCUCUUUUGGACAGGGAAAGCUACCCUUUUCAACAGAACGCCCUGGCUCAGCCGCAGGCGCCUCCAAGCCUCCACAAUGGAGGGUCCCAAACUUUUCCAGUUUCGCCUUUAACCAGCAAUGAGAAAAAUCUCAAACAUUUUCAGCACCAAUCACCCACUGUUCCCAACUGCCUCUCAACAAUGGGCCAGAACUGUGCAGCUGCCCUGAACAAUGGCAGUCCGGAGGCCCUGGAAGUCCCUUCUUUGCAGGACUUCAGCGUUUUCUCUGCAGAUUCCUGCCUACAGCUUUCUGACGCUGCUGUCUCCCCCAGUUUGCCAGGAUCCCUCGACAGUCCUGUAGAUAUUUCAGCCGACAGCUUUGAUUUUUUCUCAGAUACGCUCACCACAAUUGACUUGCAGCACCUGAAUUACUGAGAAAGCACAGACCUUCAUGCGCCAAGGGUUAUACCUUCUUUUUUUUCUUUUUGCCCCCCCUCCUUAAUUUUUAUUUUCCCUCCCCUCCCUUUGAUUUCUUUCUCUUUGUCUGCUAGUAUUUUCGAUUACCCUGAUGUUGGAGAACUACUUUGCCGUUUCCCUAUGGCAUUUUAGUUUUACCUAGUCACAUACUAGGUGACUAGGUAAAGCAUACUAUUAAAGCAAUAUAUAUGGCCUGUAAAAGAAAGUGAUCAUAUCAAAUGUGUAUCUUCACUUUCUUUUUAUUUUUGUAUUACAUUAGGGUGCGUUGUCAUAAGUAUUUUUGGUAGAAUAAAUUCUUGUUUACUACAAGCACCUUUUUAUCUCUCUCUUUCUCUCUCUCUUCAUGUAUAGCACAAGGAGUUGCCCCCUCCCCUCCUUUGGUCUGAAAUAAAGCCAAGAAAUUUGGUUACAGACCUCUCUUCUUUUUUUCUUGAAAAAAAAACAUUUAUUGGAAGAAAGCUGCUGAAAUCUUUUACCUCCUUUUCUCCCCCAUCCCCCAAAAUGGCAUUGUUACAAUUCUUCCCAUAACUUAGAAUAUCUUUGAUCCUUAUUAAAAAAGAAAGUAAGCAUUUCCUCCGUUUAAUACAUACCAUAUAUUAGAAUUAAAAUACACAAAAAUACUGCUUUAGUGCUAUUAAAAACUAUUAAAAACACUGUGAGUUUGUCUCUUGCACGCAUAUAUAUAUGAAAGAAAAAUAUUCUGCAAAAGGAAAAAAGCAAGGGCUCCUUAGGCGGAUUGCUGCAGUUAUGCAGACAGAUAAAAAUGUAUAUUUAUAUUAA